CCAAAAGGAUCUUCCGAACAACGGCAUCUUCGAGCAUGAACUGGUCGUGGAGGACCUUCGCUUGCCUGCCUCCAGGGCCGCUUUUGUCAAGAAGCCACCAGCGGUCAUUCUGGAGACUGGCGGAGGAGAUGGAGAGCCUCGGAACGAACCACCGCCUUUGGACGUCUUGCGCCUCAGCGAAUCCUCGUGCUUGCUAGAUGUUCCACCUGAGGAGUCGUGUUCCGCAUUCCUGUAUCAGGUGUUCCCUACGUUCAUGCUUGCUGGGGCCGGCAUGGUUGCAGCGGGACUGCUGCUUGACAUUGUGCAGUCCUGGCAAGUCUUCAUCGAUGUCUCCCAGCUCUUCGUUCUGGUGCCUGCACUGCUGGGUCUCAAAGGAAACCUGGAGAUGACUCUGGCCUCGAGGCUAUCGACACAGGCCCACCUAGGGAAAAUGGAUUCCCUGAUGGAAGUCCUCAACAUCACCUGCGGUAACAUGGCCUUGCUUCAGUGCCAGUCCUUGGUGGUGGGUGCCAUGGCCUCGCUGUAUGCCAUCGUCACUUCCCUGGUUGUGUUUUCCGAAGACAUUUCGCUGAGGCAUGGGAUUCUUGUCCUGAGUAGCGCCGUGAUCACUGUGUCGGUGGCGAGCUUUAUCUUGGGCAGCAUCAUGGUCAGCGUGGUGGUGUUGUCCAAGUUUUGCCGCGUGAACCCAGACAACGUGUCCAUUUCGAUCGCCGCUGCUCUCGGGGACGUUGUCACCGUGGGACUCCUAGCCUGCGUCAGCGCCGCCAUCUUCCACUUCCUCGAUCCGUGGCUUUCGCUUCUGGUGUCCGGGCCGCUGCUCCUCCUCGUACCACUGUGGACGUACGUGGCGUACAAGAACCAAAACACCCGAGACGUGCUUUCCUCCGGAUGGGUGCCCAUAAUCUGCGCCAUGCUUAUAUCAAGCUUGAGCGGGAACAUUUUGGAUGUCGCCAUCAAAAAGUUCACAAGCAUGGCAGCUUUCCAGCCGCUCAUGAACGGUGUGGGCGGCAACCUGGCAGCCGUGCAUGCCAGCCGUAUGUCAACGUUGCUGCACCGGCAGAAGUCGGUCCAGGUGGAGGCGCCGAGCGGAGGCUCCUCCGUCAGUCCUGCUGAAGGUACGGGUGAGGCGAACCCUCGCAGUGGAUAUGUGCUGGUUGCGCUGGUAGUGCCCGGUCACCUGGUAUUCAUGAACCUCGUAUCGCUCGCCAAGAAUGGCACCCCGAUCACCAACGUGGUCUUCAUCACGCUCUUCUGCGUGGCCGCUCUCCUUCAGGUGAUCGCGCUGCUCCCUACAACUAACGUCAUCGUGCGCGCCCUCUGGCGGCACAAGGUGGACCCCGACUCCUCCGCCAUUCCCUACGUCACUGCCCUUGGAGACCUGCUGGGCACCGGUCUGCUCACCCUCGUUUUUUGGGCCAUGUCCCAGCUCGGCACCGAGAUUUGAAGACCCAUGCUCAACACCUUCGAGAUUCUUGUUUGCAAUAGACGUUGCUCAAAAGUCAGCGCCAGCUAGUGGCAGAAUAAAAAGCUCCAAUAUGUUCGUUCUGAUGGCGCUAAUGUGAGAACAAGCUUGGUCACCUAAAUCAAGCACCCUCGACAUCGUGAAUCGGAGGCGAUGUACAAGGACCAAGUUAGACAGUAUUUCCUGCUUUUGGCGUUAAGCUUUCGAGCUCGCUGUUCCUAGUGUGAAGGAGCUGCGUAAUAUCGCCAUUAGAGGAGUUCGGUUUUGGCUUGAGACAGGGUGUAUUAACUUACUUUUGAAAAUGGUCUACUCUUCCACCUUGCACUUGGUUGCGGAGGGUCCUAAAAUCGCAACCUACGCCUUCUCUCAGGCCUUUGCACUUCUUCAGGCCUCCGUCGAGCUCGGCGCUCUUGGUCUGCCUCAGCACAGAGCCCGCUUACGUGCGACAAUCUAUUUUAAACUGAAUUAUUACAUAAUUAUACACCAGUUUAAGUUUUUCCACUAAAUUUAACGGUGAAGCGCUACCCGGUAAAUUUA